GUCCGCAGCAUAAACCUCACAUCAGGCGCCACGACGAUCUUUCCAAACGAGAUCGCAGAAGAGUUUAGGAAAUACUACCACUCACUAUAUAAUAUCCAUACUCACGACGGACACAACAAUCAAGAUGCGGAGGACGCCCGGAUACGAGACUACCUACAAGAAUCUAUCACGAGAACUAUCACUCCAGAUAUG